CAGAAUAUUCAGCCAAGAAUAAAUCCAUUUGCCAUGGCCUCUACAGAGGAUCUACCCUCCCAGUCUCAUGAGAAAUUACCAUUACUCCAUCUUUUGGGAGCAACCAUGUCAGCAGCUAAUGGUGCUAAGGAGAGAGACUACCAAGCCAGAGCCAGCAGGUGGGCUGCUACUGUUCGCCAACGAAUCACUACAAAGAUGAAGGAUGGUGAGAAACCAGAGCCUGAAGACUUGCAGCUGUUAAUAGCAGAAUUAAUUGGUGUGUUUGGCACUGUCCUGCAAAAGAACAACCGUAAUUCUUGGUUAUUUCUUUAUGAAGUUCUGUCUCUUAUUCAGCCAUAUAGUGACUAUCUUAAUGGUAAAGAGGUUCUGCUGAGAUACCUUGAAGGGAUCUACAUUAAGUAUCAGACAAACCAAACUUUGCUUUCUGAUAUUGACAUUUUGGGAGCUAUGGACAAAGCCUUUCCCAAGGAUACUGCUGUAUUAUAUGAAAACUCAUUCAGUUGCACAACUACAAAAGUAAAAAGCCCUCCUAAAUUGAUGCCUCUAAGGGAACAGGUACAGUGUGGCCCAUCUCCAGCCUUUGCUGCACAACCUUUCCCAUUUGUUCUUGAACGAGUCAAUGAGAGCCCAGAGGACUACUUUACUCCUGCCCCACUGUCUGUUGAAGAUUUUCAAAAGUCAUUGGCCACAGCAGCCUUAGAUGUGGCUCAGACAGAAGCUGUGUGGAGCUCCAGCAUUGGACUGAUAUCUUUAGCUCUUGCUACUGACUUACCAGUACAGUUUCAAUCCAGAAAAUUUGAGGAGGUCUGUGCUGAAGUGGAAGAUAAGAGGAAAUCAUUGAGAGAUAGCACAGCAGAGUUCAGUCACAUGGGCAAAGAAGAAAAACUACAGAAUGAGAAGUCAGAACUCCCACCAAUGACUGGAAGACAAGCUGUAGAACUCUUUGUGCAGGACAGACACACUGGAAAAAUCACAUUUGUUUAUCUCAACAUAUCUCUGAAUAAACAUUUCAGGCCAUAUGAUCUUGUAGUUGUUCCCAAGAGCAAAGUGAACCCAGAGCACUAUGUCUUUUCCCCUUUUGGUGUCCUGCAUGUUUACCCAGACCAGAGUUCAGAUGUUCUUAGCCUAGGGGAGUGGCAUCGCGAGGCAGUGAUAUGGAAAACUAUUCAUGGAAUUCCAUUUUUUAAAUACUUCUUGGUGAGGAAAGUUUUUUCUCGCUGGUGGAAGAAUGUGAAAUUGCUAAAGUUCUGGAAGCAAAAGAAUUAUUUACGGAACCACCUUCUGCCCGCAGUUCCACAUUUUGGUGUUGCUUUGCUUCAGGUGUCCCGGCUACUGCAGGAGUUGAAACAAGUCCAUUGGCUUCCUCAGAAUACUUCAAAAUGCUACACUCUGACAGAUUUUCAGCAAACUCUAGCAAUGAAGAAUGAAAGAGCGUGCAGAUUGCUGGAAAAGUUCCUCACCUUUUGUGCUACCAUAUUAGACAUGGUGCGGGAAGACAGCUAUGAAAUGGUUCAGGGCUGGCAAACUCAGUUACAGACCACUGGGAUGACUUUCAAAAAUGAAUCACUUCAUCAGCAUCGAAUCCAGCGAGAAACACUACUGAGUAAUCUUCGAGGAGCAGACACAAUAGUGCAACGUUUAGGUAACAUGGCAGCACUGGUUGACCACAUGAUUACCCAGAAUUUAAUUACAGUUGUUCAAGAAGAGGUCACAAACUUUGUAAACCAAGUCAUGCAGUUCUCAGUGCAACCCUUUACCUAUGUCAGAACUGAAACUGAGGAUGAAAAGUUAUAUCAGCAAAUACAAGAUCAACAACAGACAUGUUACAUGGAGUCAAAUGAAAACUUGAACGGAUCCAAUACUACGUUAACUAAUAUUUCUUCCUACGAUUUAACUGACAAUGAGCUUUCUGUACUUUCUAAAGGCCUAACUUUUAUACCUGCUCAACAAGCAGAUAUACCACAGUCUCUCCUAGAGCUUAAAUAUUUCACUCGCUCUUUGAACUUAAAAAUUUUAUUUGGCACUAGCGAGAAUACAUGCAGUGAUCUUAAACAAACUAGCACCUUUGUACCUGUCAGUAACCCAACAAUACUAGCUUUUAUGAAAGCUGUUGAACACAAGCUGUACACUCAAAACAAGUACUUCAACUUAACAUCUGCUGAAUUUAAAGCCUUAAAAAUCCUUACAAAUAAUUCUGACAUAGUCAUUAAAAAUGCAGAUAAAGGCACUAAUAGAGUUGCUAUGGACACCAGAUUUUAUGAAAGUAAAAUGUUUGAACUUUUAGCAUUCUUUGACUGUAUGACAAUCUGUAGGUCACAAGCCACUGAAAUCAUGGCAUUUAUUUCAGCAGCUCUCGAACAGAUGUACACUGAUAAUCACAUUGAUCAAGAUCUUUAUAAUUAUUUUGGAACUGACAAUCUGACCAUACCCAUUAUAUAUGGGGUACCAAAGGUGCAUAAAUCUUCUAUAUGCCCACUGAUGAAACUCAUCAUAUCUGCUCGUGGUUGGGCCACAGAAUCUAAAUAUCUGGAAGUACUAUUAAAGAAAUUUCUACCUGUUACUGGAACUGUCAUAAAAGACACAGCAGAUUGUAUUCAUCAUUGGUCAGGCUGGUUGUCUUUAAACUCAUCUAAAGACUGUAUGCUAGCCACUCCUGAUGUAGAUUCUUUAUUUACAGUUAUUCAUAGUGAUACAGACACACACUACAUUAGAAAUGCCUUUUUGAUUUUUCUGACUAUACCCAAGAUAAAAUCAACACUAUAUACAAAUUUUUACAUCUUGUUCUUACCAACAACAUUUUUUUAUGUCAAUGACAAUUAUAUAAACAAGUUAAAGAUGUGGCAAUGGGUACCCCUGUCACCAAUACGUAUGCUAAUAUCGUAA